UCUUGUUCACUGGUUAGGAGCUGCUGUACAUUCCGGUGAUUUGAAUUUCCACUCUCUCCAGGAACACUUCAUCUUCUCUGGCGACUGUCCACUAUUUUUGACAUCUGCGUCUAACUUUUCAUACCUCCCUAUCCCCAUUUGCCUAAGCAUAUCUUACUUCUGGUACUUGUCUCGCUCUUACAUUCCUACUCCAAAUCCAAACGCAUUUUAUCUGUGAAAGUUGCUCUCUUUAGCUCCCUCCCUUUUCACAGUAGUCAGGUGCCGGAAACUUUACCCAGACAAAGCAAGAAAAUUUCCGCUAGGAUGGACCUCGAGGUUUGUUGUGUUGAAGCUCAAAAUUCCUCCGCCAUGACAGUCAGCUUCUCUCUGUCGUUGAUUUGUUCAGAUCUUUCUCUUAUACACAAAAGUGGUUAGCGAAAUGUUUUCAUCUUUCUGUAAUUUCGUGCCCAUUUAAAGUACUCCCCGUUGAAAUUGGCUUUAUCGGUUCAUCCUUUUCAUUAUUUUUCUUGGCUCCUCUUCUUACUCUUCUUUUUAUUGAAUUAUUGAAAUUAAUCUGCGAAAUUCAGGGCUGCUCUGCUGAUAAUAUAUCAUUGUGUUGGCUCCUUGAACCCUGAAAAGUGAUUGCAUUUUCAUAAGUUUGUUCCUCAUUGCCAUUGGUCUAAUUUUGGGCCCCCUUGCUGCGCAAAGUCCAUUUUGUAUGCUAAUCAAAUUCAUCUCUGCCUGUUAUUUAACAUAUAAAGAAGGGCUUCUGCCUGGGAAUCUCCUAUCUCCCUCUCCAAUUUCAAGAUAUUUUUUGAAAAUUAUGGUGUUCCCAUGUUAAGUAGCAUAACCUUGUUUCUGUAAUAUUCAUUGUAGCAGUCUGUGGUGGCUUCUUGAAUCGAAGUAGCUGACUGUUCUUUCAGCUCAGGUAUUGUAGUUAUCAAGGUGUAAACUUGUGCGGUUAAAUGACACGUUAGGGGAUAUAUUUCAUCGCUAUUUCACAAGUUUUGCUUCCCUGAGUAUAUCUAGAUAUGCUUGAACCAGAGUUAUAUCGGAUUAAAUCACCAUUCUUGUUGUGCAUCUUCAUUGGCUUCUUGCUACACUCAGCUUUCACAUCUGAAAUUCCACUGGGUUCAAAACUUUCUGUGGUUGACAAUGAGUGUUGGGUCUCCUCCAAUGGUGAUUUUGCAUUAGGAUUCUUUAACAUUUCAGAUCAACCUAGUCAGUUUAGAAUUGGCAUUCGUUUCAAUUCAAAGUCUAUACCAUUUAGCCAACAAACUGUGGUCUGGGUGGCUGGAGCUCAUGUCACUGUGGGUAGCAUGUCCUAUUUCCAACUCACCCCAGAAGGAGAUCUAGUGCUCUUUGAUUCAUUACAGGGAGUAGUAUGGACCAGUGGAACUGCCAGCCAAUCUGUAGUUUCAGCUAUUUUUCGUGACAAUGGCAAUCUUGAGCUCAUAAACAGGGAACAGCAUGUUGUUUGGCAGAGUUUUGAUACUCCAUCUGAUACACUUGUCCCAGGGCAGAGUUUAUCUGUGUACCAAACACUCCGAGCUGCCAGCAAGCAAACCAUGUCCAGUUACUACAGCCUUUUAUUGAAUGGCUCAGGACAGUUACAUCUUCGCUGGGAAAGUAAUAUUACCUAUUGGACAAGUGAUAGCCCUUCUAUUGCAAAUCUGAGUGCUUGUCUCACAGCCACUGGAGCCCUGCAACUUCAAGACCAAAGGUCAAAACCAGUUUGGUCAGUGUUUGGUGAAGACCACAAUGAAUCAGUAAAUUAUAGGUUUCUUAGGCUUGAUUUGGAUGGCAAUCUGCGGAUAUAUUCAUGGAUAGAAAUGUUGCAAUCAUGGAGACCAGUUUGGCAAGCUGUUGAGAAUCAGUGCAAGGUCUUUGCAACUUGUGGUCAACGUGGUAUGUGUUUCUUAACCACUUCAGGUUCUGCUGAUUGCAGAUGCCCGUUUGAGUUAGCUGACCCUAACAAAUGUUUGGUACCAUACGAUGAGGCAUGUGAAUCAGGCAUCAAUAUGCUUACGUAUGAAAAAACAUUUCUAUAUGGAGUUUACCCGCCUGUAGAUUCAAUUACCAUAAGUAGUUUGCAGCAUUGCAAACUGUUGUGUUUGAAUGACCCACAUUGUACAGUUGCAACCUUUUCCAAUGAUGGAAGUGCUAAAUGCUCAAUAAAGAAAACUAAGUAUGUCACUGGGUUUGCAGAUCCUUCUCUAAGCUCAAUAUCUUUUGUUAAGAGAUGUUCAGGUCCAUUAGCUGUGAAUCCUGGUCUUGUUAAUUCACCUCCUCCUAAACCGCCUCCAGCACUUUGUGUUCCUUGUUUGAUAGGAGCAGCCUCAGCCACUUUUCUCUUCUUUGCCGUCAUACAGUUGGGAAUUGGUUUCUUCAUCUGCAGAAGGAGAAAAAUAACGAGGAAGGAAGUUACUUUAGCUUUAACAUGCCCCAACUCAAAGGGUUUGUUUGUGUUGUCCUUCCCAGAGAUAAAGAGCCUCACUGGGGAUUUCAAGAACCAAAUCGGUCCAAAUAUGUUCAAAGGUACACUACAGAACAAUCACUUGGUUGCAGUUAAGAAUCUUAAUGCAAGCAUAGAAGAAAGGAGGUUCAGGAGCACUGUCAUGAAGAUUGGGAGCAUUCAUCACAAAAACCUUGUGAAGCUGGAGGGCUAUUGUUGUGAGUUCAAUCACAGAUUCUUGGUGUACGAGUAUGUCAAGAACGGUUCUUUGGAUAAGUUCUUAGGUGAAUCGUCUCUUUGCCGGAGGCUAACUUGGAGAAAGAGAAUUGAGAUAUGCUCAAGUGUAGCAAAAUCCAUUUGCUAUUUGCACACCGAGUGUCGGGAGUUUGUUAGCCAUGGCAAUCUGAAGUGUGCAAAUAUCUUACUGGACGAAAACUUAGAGGCCAAGUUAACUGAAUUUGGGUUUGCAAGAGUAAAUGGUGAGACCCCAUAUUGUGGCUCUUCAGCUGAGAAAGAUGUGGAGGAUUUUGGCAAGUUGGCACUAACUUUGUUAUCUGGGCGUCAAGACACCGAGGAUCUUUGCCAGUGGGCAUAUGAACAGUGGAUGGAAGGACGACCCCACAAUGUGGUUGACAAAAGAGUUGAUAGUGGAAUCGAUUCAGAGGAGCUAGAACGUGCGUUAAGAAUAAUAUUCUGGUGUCUUCAAGUGGAUGAACGUAGGAGGCCUUCAAUGGGGGAGGUAGCAAGAGUGCUAGAUGGUAUAUUGAAUGUUGAUCUCCCACCACGCCCUUUCGCUGUCCAAAGGCCUCUGCUAGAAGAUGAUGAUGAUACUCAAGAGUAUGAUUCAGAGUCACUAGUGUAGAUGUCUGAUGAACUUGUUGGAGUCUAUGCUCAUUUACUGUUGAUUUUUUUUCCUUUUAUUCAAUGUGUAUAGUAGAUUUAGGACUAACUUGUAGAUGAGAUGACAAAUGGACAUGGCCAUGCCCAUUAUUUUUGGUUCUGGCCUUAACCUUAUGUGGGGUGAUGAUUGCAAACUGAACUGUGAGCACCACGAUGUAUUUUCAGGUUCUGUUUUGAAGCUAAAUCUCUCCAUAUGAGCACGUACCGUUCAGGAUUUGUUGCAUUA